AUGUCCGGGCUCAGGUUCUCGUUCUCCAGGCUCGGGAGGAAAGGCUGUUCUGCUGGGUACGUUAACGUACCCGGCAGAACGCCCCCCUCCCUCGCGGUGGUGGACGAAUUGACUGCGUCGCGUGGGAGAGACGGGGAAAAUGUUCUGAUAUAUGCUAAAAUGGGACUGAAGAAGACUGGACAUGUGGACUGUAGGGCUGAGAUUUUGAGAGCCAACGAUUCAGAUGUGUUGACCAGGCAAGUGCAAGAUGUUGCAGACAGGGCACCAUCUUCUGGUUCUGCAGGCUUUGAUACUCCAGUUCCGGAUGAUGAAUGCAAGCAGUCCAUGGAUGAGCCAAACAAGUUACCUGAUAUCAAAGGAACAGGAGUUGCUCCUAAGAAGGUAACCAUAUCCUGUCCUGUCAAGAAGGAGAAAAGGAAGAACAGCGCAAUGACAUUCAGCUCAGCAGUUCGCAAGGGAUUCAUCUUGGGAGUCUUCGUUGGAUUUUUCGUCAUUGUUGCUUCAAAUUCCGAGUAA